AUGAUCUUGAAGGUGAAGUUGCCUGAUUUGGAAUUUUACAUUAACGUGGGAGACUGGCCGGUGGAGACGAGAAAGGCAGAUGCCAAUCCCGGACCUGUUCCAAUCUUGUCCUGGUGUGGCUCAACAGACACGAGAGAUAUUGUUCUACCCACCUACGACAUCACUCACUCCACCAUGGAGACCAUGAGAGGUGUGACGAAUGACCUGCUGUCUGUCCAAGGCAAUACAGGACCUCCAUGGGUAAAUAAAACAGAAAAGGCAUUUUUCCGUGGCCGUGACAGUCAGGAGAGAAGACUCUACCUGGUCGCUCUGUCCAAGAAACAUCCGGAGUUGUUGGAUGCAGGGAUCACAGGAUGGUUCUUUUUCAGGGACAGGGAAAAAGAUGUGGGAAAAGCUCCGCUUGUUGGAUUCUUUGAUUUCUUCAAGUACAAGUACCAAGUGAACAUGGAUGGAACAGUGGCAGCAUAUAGGUUUCCUUACUUAAUGCUGGGAAACAGUCUGGUCCUGAAGCAGAACUCUCAAUAUUAUGAGCAUUUCUACAACCAUCUAAAACCAGGAACACAUUACAUUACUGUGGGGAGAAACCUGUCUGACCUCAUAACCAAAAUCGAGUGGGCUAAAAAGAACGAUGCUGAGGCACAGGAGACAGCAAAAGCAGGCCAGGCGAUAGCCAGAGAACUGCUGCAACCAAACAGACUGUACUGUUACUUCUACAAGGUGUUGGAGAUGUACUCGGAGAGGCAGUCAGACCAGCCCACACGGCAUGCAGACAUGGAGCUCGUACCUCAGCCGGAUGACCAAACUUCAGCUUGCACAUGCCAUCAUGGAAAGGAGAAAAAUGAACCCACUUUGACGAAGGAGGAACUAUGAUUGACGCCGUUUUCUUGAGUUAUGCUACCCAAAUAGUGGUCAAGUCAAGUCAAUUUUAUUUGUAUAGCCCAAUAUCACAAAUUAUAAAUUUGCCUCAAGGGGCAUUACAGCAACACAACGUCCUAAACAUGUCAAAACAAUAUAUAUUGCUUACAAGAAAAUGUGACUAUCGCACCUAAAAUCAGUAGCCCCCCUGAUCAGGUUAUAACGUUAAUGUUGAAUGAUGGGAGUUUUUCUAUUUUUCCAUUUAGUCUUGAGUGGGAAGAUGGCAGCGCAAAUUCACGUUUACAGCGGCCUAACCCAGUACCGUCCAUGCAGUUUCUUUAUCCACGUCUGCGUCUAAGUUUGUCUUCGUUUGAUGGCUGAGAGAGCUGGCGCCGGAUCAGCUGGGAGAGCUUGGUCUGCUGCAUCCUGUGGGCCCAAGGGACCACGGCCCUGCCUGGAGCUGUGCCCGAAGAGGUAACACCGAGGGCGGUCUGGCGGUGGCCUCACCUAGCCUUGACUGUGAUUUUAGUGUCGUCGUGUGGAGUGCAGGGAGGUGUGUCGAAGGUGUCUAGCUGGGAGAGCUGGCGUUGGAUCAGCUGAGGGAGCUUGGUCUGCCACGUCUUGUGGGCCCAAGGACCACAGCCCUGACCAGAGCUGUACCUGAAGAGGAAACACCGUGGGCGGUCUGACAGGACGUGGAAGCGGAGCAGGCUAAGCUAAGCUAACUGCUAGCCCAUGCAGACCGGCAGUUCCAACAGUCAUCCUGGCUGGUGUUUGUUCUCCUGGACAGUGAUUUUUUUGUGUUGUUUAGUUUAGAUAUUAGUUUGGAUAUAUGUGUUCUUGUAGUUUUUGGAUCUGUGUUUUUGUCUUUGUGUUGCAUUGCUGUGGGCUGGGGGGAAAUGUUAUGUUUCGUUUCAUUUCAUGUGGGCUGGCGCAUGAAAUGAAAUGACAAAGUCUUUCUGGUUUCUGAUUCCAUGCCGGGAAAAGAUCGAGAUUCUUCUGGGCUGCAUCAAGGACUUCAUCCCCUGUAUUACAACUUGAAAUUGACCAGUAGAUUGAAACCUACAUGGGAUCAUGCCAUAAAUAUAGAUUCACUGUUUUUAUGCCGUUUCUUUUUCUUGCGUUCUUUAUACUGUGGUAGUAAGGUGGGGAAAAAACUGCCAACAUGAAGAAAUGGCUCACAACUAUUUGUUUUGUCAUUGUGUAUGUGAGUUUGUCUGGUCAAUGUUAAGUUUGUAUUUUUUAUACUGAAGUUGACUUUACUGUGAGACAACUGUAAAAUGUACAAAAGCUGUCUGUGGUUACAUUAGUAUAAUUUUUUUUUAAAGUUUGUAGGGUAAAUAUAA